UUUUCCUACUGCAAAUGAACGCGGCUCGUCCGGUCACGUGAUAGAGAUCAGCUGACCAGAAGGAGCUCGGCGGAAGCGAAUGAAAAUAUGAUGGAGAUUCUGAGCAGAAUAUCAGCAACAGAUUGUGUCAAACUGUGUCACAGAGUGGUGGAUGGGCUGUGUGGUCGGGAGCCUCCAUGCAGGAGUGAUUACAGCACCACCUGGAGCCUGGAGGAGUGGCUGCAGCUACUAGACUUCUUGACCAGCCUGUUCCGCCUGGCGGUGGGGAACGACAUCCCAGAUGAAGAGGUGAGUGGAGCAGGCGGGGCCAGUGUUUUUUGCCCCUCGGCUCAGGUCGUCACAUCUUGUCCUGCUGGUUCCGUGCAGGUCCUGGCUAAACUUUCGGAUGCAGAUCACAGCCAUGCCGACGCUGUGCUAAGCGUUCUCAGAGGACGAUGGGAGGAGAUCCGGCGUGCUCUGCUGGACAGAACCAGCAGCAUCUCCUCUGCAACCUUGCAGGACUUUGACUGGCAGCUGAAGCUGGCUUUGUCCAGCGAUAAGAUCUCCUCUCUGAACACGCCGCUCCUCAGCCUCUGUCUGGAUGUGAGGGAGAACGGAGCGCUUCGGCCCAUCACCAUGGAGCUGAACAGAGAGGAAGUGAGCACGCUCAUCAGCUCUCUAGAGGCUGCUAACAAGGUGGUGCUCCAGCUGAAAUGAUGGACUGAUCCGAAAAGAAGCUGAUGUUUUUGAUGUAAUAAUAAUUUAAUGUUUUUGAUGCCUUUUGUUCCAUAAUAAAAUCCAUAUUUUCCUUUCUGA